GAAACGUUUCUCUGCAGACGGUUUAAACUCAACAUCACUUCUGUUCUCUCUGCCUUCCAACUGUCUAGUCAAAGUAAAACAGAAAGUAUGGGGAAAAUUAACGGAUGCCUGAAAGUUUUGUUCAUCAUCUUCAAUUCUUUGUUUACAUGUUUUGGGGCCUUGAUGAUGUACGGUUUAGGACGCAUCGCGACCAACGGAUACCAGAUGGGAGGAACGGGCAGCCUGAACAUGAUCACAGGUUGGAUUUUUGCCGUUGGCGUUGUUGGGAUCUCCUUGCUUGGGAGCCACGGAGCUUGCACUGAGAAUAAAUGCUGCCUCACGGCUUUUGCAGUUUUCAUGGGGAUCGGAUUGGUCCUCAUGCUAAUCUUUGGAGUCGCUGCCAUUGUUUUAAAAAAACAGUAUUGCAGUGAAGCUGAGGGGAAAUGUGAAGCCGAGCUUCUCUUCAACAUUAGCAUUGGGGUCAAUUUUGGAUUUGCUUUCGUUGCUAUGAUGGGUUUGAUCAUUUCCACUAACAUGAUUAAUCAGAUCAGUCGUCACGACAACGCUGCAGCGCCAGCUAUUGCAAUGAGGACGUAUUGACCAAUCAAGUCGAGUCUUGAUGGGUUUUAUGGAAUGAUGGAAGAAUAUUGUUGAGGUUUU